UAUAUCAUAUAGAUAUGUCAAUGGUUGUAAGUAUAUAAAUCUAACUAGUGAGAAUAUACAAGCAUGAAUAAAUCAAGGAUCAGAGACGGAACAGCGCCGCAACAUUCCCAGGACGAUUCAGCUAUAUCAUAUGGAAUAUAUAGUUCAUUAAAUAACACAUGUACUAAAUGUUGUAAUCGCGAUUGUGAGAAAGGUUUCAUUCAUAUAGAUAAAAUAUAUCAUCAGAAAUUCAUACCUGCACAAAACACGUGUUGGGAUUGUAAUACACUAAGACGAUAUUCGGCCAAGCCUAAAAUGUUCCGGACUUUAGGACACUGUGUUUUGUUUGUAUUGUUUGUUUUCACUUGUUUUGGAAUAUUAUAUGGAAAUUCAACUCGUCAAAACAAAACUCUCAUCGGUGAAGGUGAAAAUGACAUAGAACUUGGAGGUCCAUCUAAAUUCCAAGUCGAAAGUCUAUCACGAGGAGUGUCUUUAGAACAAUUUAGAACUUUAUCAAGGAAUGCAAAAAGUUUUCGUGAUAUUUAUAGAAUGUUCAUUCAAAAGAAAAACGUAACGGAUGAUCAAAUUGAUAAAAUAUUAACAGCAAGGACAUUGAAAGGAGCAAUUCGGAAGAAAGAGAUUAAUUACGACUAUGAUUAUGAUGAUCCGGCCAAUCCAAUAGAUGCUGAUGUUCAAAGAGUUGCUGAUGAGGCUUUUUUACAUUACUUGGCAGUAAAAGAACAUCCUUUAGGAAGUUGUAAUGAUCCAACACCGGAACUACAUCAUAUACCACCGGAAGGAAAUAAAUUAUAUUUCCCAGAAUACACCAUUCUUCAUGUAUGUCGGAAUGUAAGCGGAUGUUGCUGGAAUCCAAGUCAAGAAUGUGGAGAAAAAGAUAUAGAAAUAAUAACAAAAUCAUUUAUUGUAGCAGAAAUCCAGCAUUCUUAUAAAGGUGAUGAAGUUUAUAUACCAGAUUCUAACAAAGUUGAAGUAAAAUUUUUCAAAAAUGUUACUCGGUGUGGAUGUAAAGAUUUGAAACCAUUACCGAAAUGUGAUAAACAUUGUCCAUUUCCAUUCACCAAGAAACGACCCGGCGUAGAAUGUGUUUGUGACUGUAAUGAUGAUACACUACAAUGUUUAAAAAUCAAGUUUGGAAUAGAUCCAUUGAGUAGUGGAGAUUUUGAAUGUGUUAAAAGUGGUCGCUGUAUGAAGCCUUUAUGUAAUUCCGGUGCAUUUGACAUGAGAAAAGGAUAUUGCGCAGGGACCACGAAUCCAAUGUUACAUGUACAUUUAUCUUACAGACGAUCAAAGCGUCGAGCUAUAACUUCUUCGCAUCGGAAGGAGUAUACAAAAUUUAGAUUUAUUCAAGAAAGACACAGGAAGAGAUAGGAUAUUGCAUUUUUCAUCUGACAGCCUUAUUGUUUACUACCUCAACAUUAUGUGCCAUACAUUUCAUCUCGUGUCUUAUUAAAUUAUAUGAAGUAAACACUUUCAAAUGAUGUGUUGGAUGAUCAACAUCUCAACUUGACAAUCACAGAACACUUGAAUCAGCUGCGGAAUGAGGACAACAUAAUCAACAUAAUGGUUUGAUAUGUGUACACUACUUAACGUUUAGAUAUACUAUUGAGUGUUUCUUGUCAACUCUUUGUCCAGCUUAGACCGGAGGAAUUUGUUUUGUCAAAAAAUAUUUAACAAAUGUUCAUCGUCGAAGUCCAAUGUUUGAAGUAGAGGCGAAAAUUUACAACAACUGAAUCUAUUCUGUAUUCGAAUAAUGAUAGCUCAAUGGUAAUUUUAAAUGCUGUGUUAAACUGAAGCUAUUCUGUAUUCGAAUAAUGAUAGUUCAAUGGUAAUUUUAAACGCUGUGUUACCGCAUGCAGUUGUUCAGUUUGGUCGGUUUAACUUUCAGUUACUGAAAGUUUUAUCUUAAGUGUUAAAAAUCCUAUUAAAAUAACAAGUAGUGAUUGAUUAACAGCUGAAAGUGAGAUGCAAAUUUAUUUUUGAAAGUUUUUGUAUAAAAUAGCCUAAUCUCAAUGAUUAAAUGACAAACUGUUAAAAGAGUUAUUUUAAUUCUAUUAUAACGGAAUGAAUCUCUAACAGACAUAAGUGAUAUUAAGAUAUAUUUCUAUGCCUUGAUUGAUAUAUGUGAUAUGAUUAUAAACGUACUCAGUAAACAUAUUUUUAGAAGUCCUGUUCGACUUCUGUGAUUCCUCAGAAUUAAAGAAUUAAAAAAAAGUGAUUGAUAUCAGAAUUAAAUUUUUGUUAUGUACAUUUACAAUCUAUUUUCAUUAUCAACAUUGAAUUUCUACAAGUAUUUUGAUAUGUAUGCUCAUUUAUAUUAUGAUAUCUCUCGGAAAAGUAUAAGAGAACGUGAAAACGUCAAGACAUUUGUUAAAUUUUCCGUCUGCCCGCCUGACCAAUAAACUCAAGUCAGCUUUAACAGAUCUAUUAUUUAUUUGACCAAUUAUUACCAAUUAUUAGUAUGUGUUGUCUGAAGAUUACAUUUGUCGAUUUGUCGACUUCAGAGUUAUAGAACUUUUUACAGUGAGUUUGUUGCAUUUUCUGUGCGCUAUCCCGUUCAUAGCAUGACAGAUUGUCAAAUAUAAAAAAACAAUUGAAGACCUCACAUUUUUGGAAUAUAGAGGAGACACUAUGCGGUUACUCCUUUUUAAGGCGGUAUCAAACACCUGGACUAAAAUUAAUUUGGCUCAUUUAAUUUUCAUAAAUUUUUGACAAAAUAUUUACUUUUACCCUUUGACAAAAAUAUAAAAAUUUCAAAAAACCACACACUUUAUCGGAAAAAUUUCAUUGGAUAUAUAGCAGUUUGAAAAACACUAGUUUUGAUCAUUGAGAAGCUUAAUAUUUCCUUACCAAUAGAACGUGAUUGAAACGUUCAUCUGAUUUUUACAGAGUUAUCUCCCUGUUGUGUUAUGUACCACCUUAAGUUCCUCUGGCUCAAAUUUUCUCAUCAUUUGGCCGUCCGUCGUCCACUAUAACUAACUUUUAUAAAAUCUUUUCCACGAAACUACUUAUCUAACUGGGACCAAACUUUACCACAGUCCUCUUUUGGGGUAUCUAGACAGUAAAAAACAUAUAUCCGAUGAUCUUACCUGCUAACCAACAUGGCCGCUUAGUCAAAGUCAAAAUCGUCUGUUAUCUUUUAUACCGUUGUAGAUAAUGAAAAUUUUAUUUGCAUUAAUUAUGGUAGAUUGAGAGAAACUGUAAAUAGCAAAAUUGAUUGAUUGAUUGUUGGUUGCUUAACGUAGCAAAAUUGAUCAUCAGGACAAGUUCAGCAGAUAAGUCAUCGUGCCCUAAAUCGUCAGUUGACUCCUUAUAGGAGUUAUUGUCCUUGAAUGACAUUGUUAAGGGAUUUGUACGGAAACCGUAAAUAGGACAACUUUAGUGGAUAUUUGUCUCAUUAGCAAUCAUACCACAUCUCCUUAUUUCUAUAAAGAUCUACUGAUAAUUCAACAUGACCACAAUAAUCAGUCGACUCCUGAUAUAUUUUAGUUACGUUCUUGAAUGACCUUUUUUAACCCAUUAUUGUAUUUUUUCUAACAGAAACUAUAGUCGAUAGAGAGUAAGUAUGAUUGCAAAAAUGAUCAACAGGAGAAUCUCAACAAAUAAGUGGUCCAAAAUCGUCACUCGACUCAUUAAAGGAGUUAUUGCCCUUCAACGAUGGUUAUUACUUUAAGGUGCGUUUUAAUCUUUUCCGAAACAAUGAUAGAAGAAAGAGAGAAAAUAUUUAUAGAAAAAAAGAUAAGCAGGACGAGAUCUAUAAAUAAUCAACAUUCGUCAUCGUUAUCAUAUAUUAUUUCAUCAAGCACUUUGCGUAAAAAAAACGUUUUAGGUCAAGAAUGUCAUUUUGACAUAUCGUUGAUGUCACAGCGCCAUUACAAGUCACCUUUCUGUACUCAAAUGACGAAAAUGCGCCCUCCUUCAUUUAAUAAAAAUAGAAGUAUAAGAGGAAUGAAGAAUUCUUCCUUUUAAUUUGAAACUUCAGGAGCUAAAUAUACCUCAUCAUUUCUGUUUUAAAAGUUAACAGGAUUGUUUUUUGAGAACAACACAUAUCAAACUACAGGGAGAUAACUCUGUAAAAAUCAGCUGAACGUUUUAAUCAAAAUCUAUUGUUAAGGAAAUAUUAAGCUUCUCAAUGAUCAAAAUUAGUGUUUGUCAAACUGCUAUAUAUCCAAUGAUUUUUUUCCGAUAAAGUGUGUGGUUCAAGUUUUUUGAAAUUUUUAUAUUUUAGUCAAAGGGUCAAAGUUAAUAUUUUGUCAAAAUUUUAUGAAAAUUAAACGAGCCAUAUUAAUUUUAGUCAAGGUGUUUGGUACCACCUUAAGGUAAUAAUAUAAUAGCUUUUCCUUUUAAGUCUUUGUAGUUUGUGUGUUGUUAUGCUGUUGUCGCAGUACGUCUUGUGCGUUUACCACGCAUUUAAUAAUAUUUUAUAAUUUAUUUCAGGUAUAUAGUAUCUUGACCUUUAUAUAUAUAUAAUAUAUACGAACGACAAACCUCGCUUCAUCCUUACAGCUGACCGGUUUUUAAUUCGUGUUUGAACAUAUUGUUUUUCUUGUGGAUGAAAGGCUAACAAUUCUCAAAAAGGUUAACUGAUAAUAGUGAUUAUUUAUAUCAAAAAGCAUGAUAUAUCGUGAAAUAAAAAAACAAAUUGAAUUAGAUUUUUUUUAAUUAUGAUUCAGUUCACCAAGGGUACCUUGUCUUCAUUUUCAUUGGUCGUUUUAUAAAGGAUCAUACUAGAGGUCCGUUCUGUAGUAAUCCGGGAUCGGGAUUUUCUCGCUGUGUCGAAGACCCAUUUAUGGCCUUUCGCUGUUUUUUGCUCUUUGGUCGGAUUGCUGUCUUUUUGACACAUUCCCCGUUUCCAUUCUCAAUUCUAUUUUUAUUGUAACUAUAUUGAUUAAUUACGUAUACAUUGUAACUUCAACAGUCAAUUUGAACGGUAACAAAACUCCCAGAUAAGUGCCAAGAGCAUGGAGUUUUUGAAUUGAGUGUUUAAGGAUUUAUGACAUACAAGUUCAUGAAACAAAUGUGUGACUUGUUAUAAGAUGGUGUAAGAGCUAUUAUUAUUGUUGUUUCUCGUACCUGUAAGUAGAAAACUAUUAUUGCAUUGCACUACAUGGGUAGUAAAUAAUCAAUGAAAAAAGGCACAACAUGUAAACGAACAAAAUACAAAAGAUGACUUUCAAAUUGUUCCCGAUUUUUGAUGAGGUUCAUGUUGCUCAGUCUUUAGUUUUCUAUGUUGUGUUUUGUAGACUGGUUAUUGUCUUUUGUUCUUUUUUCCUUUUAUGUUAUGGAAUCGUCGGUUCGUUUUUCCAUUUAUGUCAUGGCAUUGUCAGUUCGUUUUUCCUUUUAUGUCAUGGCAUCGUCAGUUCGUUUUCGACUUCUGAGUUUUACUACCGCUUUGGUAUCUUGCACCUCUCUUUUAUAAGUACAAACACAAAGGCCAAGUCAGUAUUACAAUCACUAUCUUUUAAAUGUGUCUUUUUUUUUACUGUUAUUGACUGGUUAAUUUUUGGAAGUUUAACUUUUCAACUCUAAUAAUUGUACAAUUUGCUAUUUCUUUAUUUUUGCAUACAAAUAUAACGAUUUACAUAUUUAUGACUUGGUUUACAAAAUCUAUUUUUCUCUGGAUUACAAUAAAAGAGAGAGAGGAUAUAAGAGAGCAAGUGAGCAAUCAACAUCCUUUUGUCUAAUAAAAACAGACAACAUCAUGGUCAAAAAGACAUUUCACAAAAAACUAUGCACAGAAAACUUAAGAUUGAGCAACAAAAACCUCACAAAAUCCAGGGGUUCUAACCCCGAAAGGGAAUGGUUGCAUAGCAUAAAAUGUAUGAAUAUUGUACUUAUGUUUGUUCAAAUUAAAAGUAAACAACAAUCUACCAAUCAAAAGACAGUUCAUCAACAAGACCCGUAUUUGUGUAAAGAUUUGCCUUCGUCUUCAAUCUUUCAAAUAUUCUCUUCAAAUCUCUGACCUACCAAGUCGUGUUCAAAUAACUUUUCAGGGAUUUGUCCAUACCCCAGCGUUAUACCAUUGUAAACAACCCACUUAUGCAUCACUAUGAGUAGUGUAUUAUUUUGGGGCAAAUUACCAAUAAUGAACGGAAUAAUUAUAAUAAUAAUUACCAAAAAUUAUAAGAAAUAGUUAUAUCAAAGUAUAAUAGUUUUUGAUUUAGUUGAUGCAUAUUUGAUUUAAUAUAAAAAUAAAUAAAAACUCAUCAGCUAUGUCCGCGUGAAAAGAUGUCGCCGCCUGCGUUUUUUUUCAAAAUUCAAAAUAUUUUUUUAAUUCGAUGAAAUUUUUACAAUAUCGUAAUGAUUAUAAUAUGAUAAUCACAUGGAUGCCCCGCCCCCCUUUCCAACAAAACAUAAAUAAACAAAACCAGUUCAAUUUACGCAAAGCAUCCUCGGAUAUAAAAUUUACGCUUGAUUCUAUUGAUAUUACUCGAGUUUUGAUGCGCGCGGCGAGAUAUUCUAUACGAAUCGGAUGUUUACUCUCGCAAGUUGGACCAGAAUUGUUAACAUUAGUUAAGAUUAAGUGCCUUGCUCGGUGCUCGUGAAAUUGACCGCCAAUGUCUUUUUCGUAAAAAUCUUUUUAUGACCAAUACCACAUGUCUGGUAAAUAAAACAAAAGAAUGCAACGUGCCAAUCUCCUAUUAAUGCCACCACUUUUCUUUUUUUUUUAGGAGGUUUCAAUUUCGAUUCGCAGUUUGUGUGAUCGCGUUAUUCCUCCGAAUGAACAUUGUUUUCAUAAAGGGAGUCUUGUGUUUCCCAAUGAAGCACCAGGAUAUUGUAUUUUUUGCAUAAUUGGUUCAUUUUUAGAUGAAUAGUAAUUACAUGUCAUAUACUCUUAGAAAUAGUCUUUUGGUGUUGAAGUUUUUAACAAUUUUAUAUCAGUGUUUUAGGAAUUUUAUGAAAAAAAAAUAUUGUAAAGUUAAGAUAUGCAAAUAUUUUUUGGUGCUGUUAAUUUGUAUUGUAAACUCACGAAUUAAUAAUUAUUUAUUAUUAUUUGUUAUAAUAUUUUUAUAAGGCCACACUCAAAGUUUUAUUUUCUCGUGGGAGUUUUUUUCGAUAAAAAUUUCUAAACGACAGUGGAUUUUUUGCAGAUUAAAAAACUAGGUUUAUUUUCAAUCAAUUUAUUUCAAGUUUAAAUCAGAAUAUUGGAAGUGAUAUAAAGUUUGAUUUUAAUAUUUAAUACAAAUGUAAAAUAUGAACAUGCUAUAAUUGUGAAAAAGGCAAAUUAUUCAUUUUGAACGCUGUCGUUUGAAAUCAUGAUCUUUUAUCUCUUUUAAAGACAUAAUAACAAAAAAAUAAUUUUAUAUUAUAACACAAAGCGUGAAUAUUCUGUCAUAAAACAUGAUUUUGUGUGGCCUUACUUAAAUCAUUAUUUAAUGUUCAAUUGUAUAAGUACAUCCAUAUACAUGUAGUGGAGAAAAAUGUUGUUAUGACUGUGGAUAAUAUUCACAUUUUGUUGAACAAAUAAACAAUAUAAUAUCUUU